AUGGAGGUUUCCAGCGAGGAACUUGAUCCCAACAUUUCCCCGACUGACUCCCUUGAAACGCUGACUGCCACCGGCUGCGACAAAAUCGACCGAACCCGCCUCACCAAUAACUACCCCAACGCCUAUUCCGACACCUACGGCUUGCCCAGCGUCCGAGGGUUCAUCUUCAAAACUGGCCCAGCCUGGCCUAAGGGCGAACCCUAUGACCGCCCCUUGCCGCAUGAGUUGCGCCCCGUCAACGAUCACCCCAUCACGCCUGUCUGGGACGACAUCCUCACACGCGUAGAGAUACGCCUUCAAGAGAAUAGGCUACCAUUCACUGCGGUCAUGCCACUGGGCUUCGCCAAUGUCGGAGAGGAAGAGCCCUUUUGCCCUCUUGUGGUGGCGAUCGGUGUCGAGCCCACAAAGGUGGCCUUCAAGGAUGCAAAGACCGUUGCCGAGUGCGUCAAACUCAUCCUCGUCGAGGCUGGCUUCGACGACGUCGAAGUCGCUAUCUGGGAAUUUGAGACCUUUCUCUCCGGCCUCAAUCUCCCAGCUCUCGACCCCGUGCUUGACGGUAGUCUCACUAAAUUUCAUCACCCAUUCACAUCCACCCUCGGCAUCCCCGUGGCGCCCCUCAAGCAGCCCAUAUGUGAGGGCUCGCUCGGCCUGUUCCUUACGCGUGGUGAUGGCACUGAACUUCUGGCCUUAACUGCUGCCCACGUUGCAUGUCCCCCCUCAACGUUUUCUGAUAACAAAGGCUUGUCAUUGAAGGCAGCCAAAAGGCGCUACGAGGAAAUAAUUGUUCUUGGGGAUGACGCUUAUGUGCGUGCAAUCACGGACAUUCAACAUGAGGUCAGAAACCUCAAGUAUAGCAUCCAAGCAGGACGGAUGAGUAUCUCUUCGCUGCAGACUGAUCUGGAUAACGGCGUGGCUGAUGCGGAUGGGACAAUCCGUGCUGCUAUCAGUAAUGCCCAGAGGAAGGUGGGAAUUUGGAAGGAGUUUAUCAGGCAACUCUAUCAGCUACACAGCCAUGUCACCCCGAACAUGCCCAUCCCCAGUAAUCGCCGCAUUGGACGGGUAGUGUUUGCUGACCCCAUCAGGGCUUCCUCUGACGGCGCUGAUGCAUGCACUUGGGACUGGGCUGUCACUGCAAUCCGGAAGGAUGCAUUCGGUGCCGACUUCAAGGGUAAUGCUGUGUAUAUUGGGGACAAACUCAAUAAGAGGACCUUUCUGGACCUGAUGUUUCCCAACCCCAACGACCACAUGGGCUAUGAAUACCCACCGGAUGGUCUCCUCCGCAUCAGCGGCAUCGUUCCCUUGGAUGAGAUCCGCCACCCCACGCAGCUCAACGCGAUGGGCGAACCCGCAAUGGCAGUAAUAAAGAAUGGGAGGCCUACAGGCACCACUGUUGGUUGGAUGAGCAGCUUGAAGUCCCUUGUGCACUACUACCACAAGGAUACCAAUAUCCAGUUCACAUCCCGCGACCUCACUGUCAUCCCCUAUGACAGUGAUCCUUUGCGCAGUGGUGGCUUUUCUGCUGAAGGCGACUCGGGUUCUGUCAUUGUUGAGCGGAGUGGCCGUGUUGUCGCCCUUGAGUCCAAGUGGAGAUUCAAGUCACUCACGUCAUCUGUGCCUGCUCGCUCGCCGACAUGGAAAACGAACCGUAGUCAUCACGCGCUCGACAUUUGCUGGUGUAGGACUGAGUCCGCUGUCCAGCAGGACGUUUUGGACAAAUGCAAAACAUAUUAACGGUCUCACAGAACACGAUGACGAACCUUAGCCAUCACACGCUCGACCUUCGCUAGUGCAGGAUGGUUUUCUUGUACUUCUAGAGGGGAGGAAGUUGAUGUUGGGAUACAGCGGAGAAUACGACAACCUUGGUCAUCUGGUACCACCUCCUCGACUACGUCUACACCGCCUUCCGCCACCCUCAUAUGGAGAUCCCCACCGAGCCAAAAACAAUCUGGUACCUCAACUACAUCUACACCAUCUUCCGCCAUGCUCAUAUGGAGACUCCCACCGCCGUCUUCACCGUGCCCAGAUUCCGAGCUCAUUCGCAUUAGAUGGAGGUGGCGGCAAUCCCAUCGCCGUUUUCGCCGUGCCUACAUAUUCGACAUUUGGGCUGAGCGCGCGUUCAAGUUCUGGAUCACGGGGGUCUCUACUGCUGGCAUUCCGGAUCGUAAGGAAGAAGCAAAAUUCUCGGAGGACAACUGGGGCGCCAGCACCCUUGAGAAGCGCAUCAAGGAGAUUUUCCCCAGCAUUUGCCUCCUCGACUAG